CAUCGCAGCUGAAGAAGUGGACGUGGAGAGUCCGAGCCGUGACAACAGCGACGAGUUGUGUGUAGAUUGUAAUUUUGCAAUAAAGGAAAAGUAAAAUCACCGCCACGCGGCCGGACCCGCUCGGGCGAUAUAUAAAAUAAAAGUAAAAAGCGCAAUCGGACGCAUUCGCGCUGUUCACCUCUUUGCGCCGAAUUGUGCAACAACAAGAAUUUACGUAACGCGCGCGCUCGAUUGUGAUCAUUGAUUAAAAUCGUGUUACAAGCAUAAUUAUCACACCUCAAAGUGUAUAUUUUCGGUAAUUACUUCACUGCAGCCCCACUGCAGCUGAAUUCGCAAUCGAAAGAAGUACGUGAGUAAAAAGCGUCGCCGAGAGGUGUCGGGUGUUAUUUCGGGUGUGAACAGGCUGAGAUAUUGUGCGCGAAUAUUUUUCUCAAGGAAAAAGAAAGAAAUCUUAAAGAUGCGUGCUGUUUGUGUAGCCUACAUCGUCGUGCUGGCGCUCCAAGGGCAGCUUUCAAGUGCGCAGAAUGUGACGGCAACGCGCUGCAAGGUUCCAAACAAGGCACCGGAGAAUAUUGAAAAAGUGAUCGCGUUAUGCCAAGAAGAAAUUCAACAGACGCUCAUUGCAGAGGCACUAGAGGCUCUCAACGUACAAGAAGCUGUCAUGUUCGCGCAAAAUGAUGAAAAACCCUUGAACGAAAAUGAUGGCGACGAGAAAGUGCGCAGAAAACGUUCGUAUUUUAGCGAGGACGAGCAGAAAAUCGCCGGAUGUCUUUUGCAAUGCGUGUUUCGUCGUAAAAACGCUCUGAACGCGCUGGGAUAUCCAACCGUCGAGGGCAUGGUCCAUCUGUACACCGAGGGAAUCGAUGAGAAACCAUACGUUUUGGCGACAGUACAAGCUGUGCACACGUGUCUGAACAAAGUGCACAUCGUCGUCGAUCAGAACGAGAAAAACACCGAGCGUAGCGACCAAGCAAUUGACACAUCCAACAAAUCGCAUUCCAAAGUGAUUGGGACAACAUGUGAAGUCGCCUAUCAAGUGUUCGAUUGCGUCUCCGAUAAGAUACAAGAAUACUGCGGACAGUCACCUUGAAACGACGAAAAUAUGAUCUUCACGUGGAUAUUGUGUGUAAAGUGUGUUGAAUUCGUAUAAAAUAUGUAGAUAUUUCAAUUAGCCGUCGCGCACUGCUCACGAUUAGCAAUGGUAAUGUGUAUUGUAAUUGCUCGUAAUUAAUUUCUGCAUGUACCUGCUCGCGAAUGUAAAUGUAAUCAAUUAUUCAGCCAAGAUCUCCUGCUUCGCAUAUAUAAUACUAUCUAUGUGUGUACUUAUAAAAUAUACAAGAAAACUAA